AUGUCUGGUCUAACCAAGUUUAUUCCCAGUGGCGUCAAGUUGCUGUCCAAGUCAGGUGAAGUGCCUCUCAGCAGCCUUGCCGGAAAGACGGUGUUCUUCUACUUCUCCGCCUCCUGGUGCCCGCCCUGCCGCGGCUUCACCCCAACACUCGUGGAGUUCUACGAGAAGUUCCACUCGUCGAAGAACUUCGAGGUGGUGCUCGUCUCGUGGGACGAGGAGGCGUCGGAGUUCGAGACGUACUACGGAAAGAUGCCGUGGCUCGCACUGCCCUUCGCCAACCGCAGCGAAGUGGAGGCCCUCGGCCGCGCCUUCGAUGUCGACUCCAUUCCGCGGCUGGUGGCCGUCAACGCCGACACCGGCGCCGUCGUCAGCACUCGUGGCCGGGAACGGCUACUGAACGACCCUGAGGGCCGCGACUUCCCGUGGCGUGAUUAA